AUGUCCAAUAAGGUACCUAAUCUCAGUCUAUCUAAUGGUUUAGCAUUCUAUGAAGUACCGAAUUGUUUGAAAAUCUUGACUGAAUUAGAAGAAAGAUUAAUAUCACCAAGAAUUCCUUUUAUGGUUAUUCGAAGUUUAGGUUCUUGUAAACAAUUCGGUCUCAAGGGUAACCUUGUAAAUGUUCCCAUAAAUGUUGAUACGAAUGUUCCAGUAUUGCCUAGAAGUUUCAGUGAUACUCACACGACUCAAUUGAAACUCAUGAGACAAAUGAAAAAUAAUAAUGCUUUUAUGUAUGAAACAAUUCGACCAAAAGUUGUGCAUACUGCUGUAAAAUAUUUGGUUGAGCAAGAACUGUAUAAGGAUGAAGGCAUUGUGAUAUCUCAUGAUUGGCUGAAAGAAUAUUCUAACGAGAGAGAGAAUUUUAUCAUCGAUGAUGAAGAUAAGAAAUUCGAUGAAAAUGAAAACAUCAGCAAAGAUUUUGAUGACGAGGAGAAAUGGAAUGAAUGUGACGAUAAACCAGUCAAUCCAAGUACUACUGAAACGUUAUUAAAUGACGAGAUUGGUGAUCAGAAUGAUAUUGGUAUCAAAUUUGCUCCAGGAGAGAAUAACAGACCGAUAUCGAUUCUAAUGGAUUUAAAAGUCGAUGAAUUAACAUUUCCGAAAAUUUAUUGUGGCAAGCAAAGAAAAAUCAAAGCGAAUGUUAAAUUAACUUAUGCUAAGAUUGCCAAAUCUGAAUAUGUUCAUCGUGAAGCUAAUGAAUUCGAAAAAGCUUUUGAAGAGCAAACAGAAAGAGGAAAUGACGAUGAUAUUGAUGAUACAAAUAUUGAAUAUGAUCAAGAUAAAAAUGAAUUUCUUAUUUAUGAAACAGGAAAUAAUGAAGGCGAUAUCUUUGUUGAAAUGGGAAUAAAUACUCCAACUGGAAAAGUCGAACAUUUUAAUGUUCCCAAAAUGAUACCAGAUGCUGAUUAUCAGCGAUUGAUGAGAAGUCUCAAUAGCAGUCAAAAGAAAUACACUUUAAAUGUGAUGAAUUUGAUUAAAGACGGUGAUAAGCAAUUUUUCCAUUUCAUUAAUGGAGGUGCAGGUGUUGGCAAAAGUACUUUGAUCAAAGCAGUAUACCAGUUGAUAUUAAGAUUUUACAAUUCUAUUCCAGGAUCUAAUUCAGAAACUAUUCGUGUCGCAAUAUGCGCGCCAACUGGCAAAGCAGCAGCAUUAAUUGACGAAAUGACUUUGCAUUCAUUUCUAAGUUUACCAGUUAAUCAAUACAAACAUAAACUUGUUAAACUAGACAGCGAUGUUUCAAAUAGAAUUGGAGUAAAAUUGAAAGACUUGCAAUUACUAAUAAUAGACGAAAUAUCAAUGGUUGGUUUUACAAUGUUUCAGCAGGUCGAUGCUCGCCUGCAGCAAAUAAUGAAGUCAAAAGAACCAUUUGGUGGAAUAUCCGUUACAGUUUUGGGCGAUUUCAAUCAAUUAAGGCCAGUUGGCGAUAAAUAUAUAUUUCAAUUUAACAAUUCAUAUAAUGCUUUAGUGGAUAAUCCAUUAUGGUCACUUUUUGAAUUGUUCGAAUUGACAGAAAUAAUGAGACAAAAGGGCGUGGCCGCGCGUUACGGAAUUUCAUUUUUUCAUAUUGUGACACCUGUAGCUUCUCAAAAAUCAAGGCAAACUUGCUAA